UGAAUUCGUGACAGUCUCAUACUCUCUCAUCUACAUUAAUACAACAAAGCAAGCUAUUGAAUAGAGAUUUGUUGUCUUGUCUUCUUGCUCCCAUGGCUAUCAAUAACUUUUGGAUCUUCAGUUUGACUUUCCAGCUUCUCCUUCUACUUCAUGUUUCAUCUGAAUCUUCAUUGAUCACCGACGAUGCGUCUCGAAGGCCAACGAAGUUCCUCGAGUACGCCAAGAGUCCUGAGGUUUUCGAUUGGAUGGUGGGAAUCAGAAGGAAACUCCACGAGAACCCGGAGCUGGGUUUCGAGGAGUUCGAGACCAGUACACUCAUUAGGUCGGAGCUAGACCUGAUGGGCGUUAAGUACAAGUAUCCAGUUGCUGUCACCGGCGUUGUUGGUUAUGUCGGCACGGGAGAACCGCCGUUUGUCGCUCUAAGAGCUGAUAUGGAUGCGUUACCUAUGCAGGAAGAUGUUGAAUGGGAGCACAAGAGCAAAGUUCCUGGUAAAAUGCAUGCUUGUGGACACGAUGGUCAUGUCGCUAUGCUUCUUGGUGCUGCCAAAAUUCUUAAAGAACAUCACCAAGAUUUGCAGGGAACUGUGGUGCUUAUCUUCCAGCCAGCUGAAGAAGUUUUUGCCGGAGCAAAGAAGAUGAUAGAAGCAGGAGCGUUGAAGCAUGUUGAAGCCAUUUUCGGGAUUCAUCUUACCAACCAGGUUCCCUUAGGCAAAACUGCUUCACGUGCAGGUUCCUUACUAGCUGGAUCUGGAUUCUUCGAGGCUGUAAUAACUGGUAAAGGUGGUCAUGCUGCCAUCCCCCAUCAUACCAUAGACCCAGUUAUUGCAGCUUCAAGUGUUGUCCUAAGUCUUCAACAUCUGGUUUCACGUGAAACCGACCCUUUGGAUUCAAAGGUGGUUACAGUUUCUAAGCUUCAUGGAGGCAAUGCCUUCAAUGUCAUCCCUGAUUCAAUCACUAUAGGAGGAACUCUCCGAGCCUUUAGUGGUUUUUCGCAGCUUCAAGAAAGAAUCAAAGAGGUUAUUACCAAGCAAGCAACAGUUAACCGGUGCAAUGCAUCCGUGAAUCUAAAACCAAACGGUAAAGAACCUGUCCCACCAACCGUAAACAAUAUGAAUUUAUACAAGCAGUUCAAGAACCUGGUCAGAGAUUUGUUGGGUGAAGACUCCUUUGUGGAAGUAUCGCCUAUAAUGGGAGGCGAAGACUUCUCCUACUUUGCAGAAGCAAUCCCUGGCCACUUCUCUUUCCUUGGAAUGCAAGAUGAGACGAAAAGAUAUGCGUCUCCUCACUCAUCGCUCUAUACAGUCAACGAAGAUGCUCUCCCGUACGGUGCUGCAAUUCAUGCAUCGAUGGCUGUACGAUACCUCGAAGACAAGGCCUCUAAAGGGUCCGACUCACCCAAAGACGAACUCUAAAACCACCGUCUGGUUUUAUUACAACUUUCUUCAUAGUUUUCAUUGGAUAUUUCAAUAAAACCAUUUAAGACUCUUGUCGAAUUAUCAAUCUUCUAAAUAAUUAAACCCAGUUGAUCAAAAAAAAAAAUUAAACACAUGA